GCCAGAUCCAAGGCCCGGGGCGGCACUUUGCGCCCGUUGGCCCUAACUUGGCUGGCGAUCCGGGGUGUAUCAGAUCAGUGACAACCCUCAGCACAUGGGCCGUGCAUUUCCCGCGUUAUCCCGCCUAGAAUAUUGUUGGAUGAUAAGCGAGGAAAAAGAAGUCAAUCGAAGCAAGCAAAAAGGAGCACAAUUGCAGCAGCGACCCAAUCUCAGUCCUGGUACUGGAGAAAUCCAGUGGCAUAUGACGCCAUCAGAAUUGGGCGGCCAGAGCCACGAUCAAGGCAGCUGAGGAGAUUCCGACUCACGAAACAAUCACUCAUCCAUUCAUCCAAUCCAGCUGAACCCGAACUCUUUCCUGUCUGCUGAUUUCAAUCCGAAACACCUUUCCCUCCUCCAUAUUAACCUUUCUUCCGCAAUCUCCUUUUUUGAACCUUCUUUCCUCCUCACCAUCCUAGUCCUUUUAAUGACUCGAUAACAAUGUCUUACGACGAUGAUUAUGCAGCCCGCCCAAGGCGGGACCGCCCUCGAUAUGACCAAGACGAUGGACUGAGGUAUCCCGACCAAGAAGAUUACCCAAAGACCUCAGGCGCCCGCGCUUCUCGCUACGAAACUUCGCCUUCCAAGUAUCCCCCAGACGAGCCUCGACGCAGAAGAGACGUCGAUCCCCGAGAUGUCGAGCCCAGAGACGCAGACAAGAGAUCCGCACCCCCAAAGCACAGAGAGUAUCCGGACGACAGAGAUGAUGACACGAAGACAAGAAAGCCUAAUACCGCCGCUCCCAGAAGGCGAACUACUCCUGAUGAUGAAGAUGAUGAGCGGGAUUCAGACGCACGCCGUAACCGGGGCGGUGAGGGGGCUGGCUACGGUCGUUCCAAGGGUUACCGCGAACCUGUGCCACGAGCGAGCGGCGACCCGAGAGCCAGGUCUAGCAAGCCGAGAAGCAAGGACGACUACGAUGAUUUCGACCCAGCUCCGCCGCGACGUGCUCGAACCUAUGCGGAACCAGAACGCCGUCGACGGGACGAUCCCUACGAUGAUCCCCCGCGACGUCGCUACCGCAGUCCAGACGAUAGACCUGCCGAGCGUGAUCGGGGCUACCGAUCGGACGAAAGAGACGGAAGACGCAAAAGAGAUGAUGACCGCUACGAUGACAAAACCCGUCGUACUGGAGGCGGUGGUUCCUCUCGACGUGAUGACGGCUAUGCUGCUGCGGGGGCUUCCAAGCGAUCUGAUCGUGACCGUGACCGCGAUCGGGACCGGGACCGAGACUACCGCAGCAGCCGCGACCAAGACCGACGCUACGAUUCUCGCGACAGAAGCAGAGAUCGUGACAGGAAGGGCAAGAAGAAAGCCUUCUCUAUCGACGACAUUGGGGGACUAGUUGAACAAGGCCAAAAGCACUACAAGACUGUCGCUCCGCUGGUGACAAGCCUGGCGAAGAUGUAUAUGGACAGCAAGAAAUGAGAGCUUUUGGGUUGAUGAGUGAUGGGUUGGCCGGCCCUUACUCAGUCGCACGACAUGUAUGACUAGGAUGUUGAUCUGGAGUAGUUGAUUGCACCUUGGACACAAGAUGGUGCUUUUCAUGACUGUGUUAUCCUCAAUCUAUUAACGUUUUUAACCACA